CAGACAUACGGUAGCGGGGUUGGCCGCAUUGCCGAAGGGUGUCCGGCCCCGGCCGCGUGGGCAGCAGAGUGCGUGUGGCGGGAGCGGGCGAGGGUGUGUGUGAACAGAGAGAUUGAAGGAAAGGGCUCCAGAGGCUGAAAGUCCGGACUCAGGCUUGGCAGGACCGGGAGACUCGCCAAGGGCGCUGGAGGGUGUCCCAGCUUCAAGGAAUCAUCAUCCAGGGACCUACCGGAGACCACAAGAAAACAUGGGGAGAAUUUUCCUCACAGGAGAAAAAGCCAACUCAGUGUUAAAACGCUACCCAAGAGCUAAUGGACUUUUUGAGGAGAUAAGACAGGGCAACAUUGAGCGUGAAUGCAAGGAAGAAGUCUGCACAUUUGAAGAAGCAAGAGAAGCUUUCGAAAAUAAUGAGAAAACUAAGGAGUUUUGGAACACUUACACAAAAGCACAACAAGGCGAGAGCAACAGAGGAAGUGACUGGUUUCAGUUUUACCUUACCUUCCCAUUAAUCUUUGGCCUCUUCAUUAUCCUCCUUGUCAUUUUCCUCAUCUGGAGGUGCUUCCUCAGAAAUAAAACUCGCAGGCAGACAGUGACUGAAGGCCACAUUCCUUUCCCUCAGCACCUCAAUAUCAUCACUCCGCCUCCCCCACCAGACGAAGUGUUUGAUAGCAGCGGAUUGUCCCCAGGCUUUCUGGAAUAUGUCGUUGGGCGCUCGGAUUCUGUUUCCACCCGCCUGUCCAACUGUGACCCCCCGCCGACCUACGAGGAAGCCACUGGCCAGGUGAACCUGCGGAGGAGUGAAACAGAACCUCAUUUGGAUCCACCCCCGGAAUAUGAGGACAUCAUCAACUCCAACUCAGCCAGUGCCAUUGCUAUGGUGCCAGUGGUCACCACCGUCAAGUGAAACUACAAACCUCUUUUUACUAUAAUUGUUUUUAAAAUACUAAUGAAAGAACUUUCUAGCACUUUACCACUACAUAAAUGUCCAUUUGACUUAUUGGACUCUGACAGCAUACCACUUCACAUUCUGAUUUGAUUUUCAUUAGUUUUAUUUCCUACUAUAAAAUCAUUAUCUAUGCUCAUUUUUGCUAAUGGAAAUAUGUGAAGAGGGAAAACAGGCUAGUGGGGGGGUCUUCAUGUGAACACACACGUGUGUGUGCGUAUAUAUGUACAUGCACAUAUACGUGUGCGUGCGUCAGCCCAGUAUAUGCACAACUCACUUAAAACACUAUUAACUUCUGUCUAAAUCACCCAUAAAGGGAACAUUACUCACCAAAAUUGGGGGGGAGGGGAAGGCACCAACCAUAUGUGUCAUAGCCAGCAAUAUGCUGUUGACUUUUGAAAAUAAGAUGACCCGAGCAUGUCUUCUAAUUCUUACAGGUUUUCAUUAACCUCCUUUUUCUUAAGGUUUUCUUACCUUAAAAGGAAAAAAAAAUGAAUAUAGUCAAUCUCGACUUUAGAAACAUCUCAGAAAGAUAAUGAAGAUGGUACAAUAAACACAAAUUUGCUUAUUAGUGGCAUCGGGCUGGCUUUGUAGGAGGGACUUUCUGUUGACUGCCUCCCCCACAAGAAUUAAACAGUAUUUGCUUAUUAUCUUUGAAUGUCUCAUGCUAUUUGUAUUAACAUCUUGGUGGCGUGGAUUUCCUGGCAACGGAAUACUUUCUAAAAUAGACAUAGGUAUUAAUGACAGGGAACAGAUGCAGAUUUCUCCUUUGCUCACUGGGGACAAUAUUUUCUUCCUCGUUGUUUCACUGCAUUUUAGUCUACUCCCUCUGCUCCCACCACAGAAUCUUCAAACACCUAGGAAUUUAGCUAAAAUUCUUGAUGUUAUUUUCUUAAUGUUUUUGUAUAGAGUGAAGCUUUUGUCUCACAAUGAUUAGGAGGUAAUUUUCCAUUAAAUUAAGAAGUGUGAUUUUUAUAUUGUUCUCCAGUAGGUGGCGGAAGAGUGCAAAAUCUGUGCUGUGGCAGGUGCACAAUAAAUCUGUUAUAGCUGCACACA